CUAAGGUGGCGGGCGGCACUUCGUAUAUAUCAGUGACUGAAAUUCAGACGACUAUGUUGAUCUCUCACAUAUGUGUCAUGAUAUAUACAGCAUUAGAAUAAUAAUGCUAAAGAAUUUACAUGAGAAAAGCAUAUUUUCGCCAACUUUGAAAAUAGCAUUUGCUCCACGGGCCAAAAGUUCACAUUAGCAGCUAUCCCACCCAUUGCCUGGCAAUCGUGGCGAUCGUGUUGAAUGAAAAGAUAUUUGGGAUACACAAGGCCAAAGAUCUACAAACGAAUAUAAACAAAGUCUAAAAUAUUUAUAUUGCUCCAACAACUCAUUGUAAUAAGGUGAAAUAUUAGUUCAUCGUCAGAUUUCCUAAAAAGGCAAACGAAUGGCAUCCGCAAUCAAUUCUAAUGAGAAAGCAGACAACAACUUAAAUCAAAAGAACCAUCUUGUAAAUGAUAUUUCAGUUGAAAUGGCAUAUCAGCGUAAACAGGUUAAGGAAAAUUCUAAUCUACUUGGUCAAAAUACUGAAAAUGGCACUUCAAUAAAUGAAAACGAAGAUACAACGUCCUUACUAAAUGGCAAAGCUAAAACUUUAACUGCCAAUUUGACCCAACGCACAUCUACUGGUACAUUCAUGAAAUUGAAAACAUAUUUACAUGCACUGCGUCCAUGGUCAUUAUCAGGCAGCUUGGUGCCAACGUUGAUGGGUUCAGCGUUGGCAUAUCGUUCUCAAUGGGCAGCCGAUUUUAGCCUAAUAACAUUUUUUCUAACCGCCUUCACUGUAGUCACAGUACAUUGCGCUGGAAAUGUGGUGAAUACAUAUUUUGAUUUCAUCAAGGGAAUCGACAAGCAAAAGGCCGACGAUCGCACACUCGUAGAUCACAUACUUACGAAGGAUGAGGUUGUCUCAUUGGGAGCAAUUUUGUACAUGGCUGGUUGCGGCGGCUUCAUCUGCUUAGCCUUUCUGAGUCCAGCUAAAAUGGAACACCUGGCGUUAAUUUAUUUCGGCGGUCUAUCGUCCAGUUUUCUUUACACUGGUGGAAUUGGUUUCAAAUAUAUUGCCCUUGGAGAUGUUGUAAUUUUGAUACUCUUCGGACCAUUGUCAGUAUUGUUUGCGUUUAUGUCACAAACAGGUCAUGUGGACUGGACCACAAUAUACUAUGCUAUUCCUCUGGCACUAAAUGCCGAGGCUAUACUACAUAGUAAUAAUACUCGCGACGCUGAAAAUGACCGUAAAGCAGGGAUUGUGACGUUAGCAAUAGUCAUCGGACGCACUGCAUCGCAUGUUUUAUAUGCAUUGUUGCUAUUUACGCCGUACAGCGUGUUUGUAGUAUACGGUUUGAAGUAUUCGCUAUGGUUUUUAUUGCCGCUCAUAACUGUUCCGCAAGCAUUUCAAAUCGAGAAACGUUUUCGUAAUGAACAAACAAUGAGUUCUGUGCCACGGCAGACGGCAAAAUUAAACUUUUUUUUCGGGGUGCUUUUCAUAGUGGCGAUAUGCUGUGCUAAACAACUACCCGACUUCAGUUACCGCAGACAUUAGAAUGAUAACUUUCAUAUUCAUACCAGUAGGGAACAAUAACUUUCAUUUAAUGAUAGAAUUGACCAUGUCAUACGAUAAUACAUACUUACGUAAAUAUACACGAUUUUUAACGCUUCCCAUACUUAUGACAAAUGAAAAUAUAUGAGAGUGAAAUAUUGGAGUUAAGUCACAGAAAAAAUAUACUCUUUACAGUAAAUUAUGUAUAUGUAGUGCUUAGAUAAAACUAAAAAAUCUAUCAAUAAAAUAUAAAAUCAUGAUAGUGCAGCUUUUACAAAAACUAAAUCUGAACUUUCAUCUAAAAUA